UCCACCUUUCCAAGAUGCUUCGCUCUGGGCUCUGGCUGUAGGAUGUUGGAGAAUCAAGAGCAAGAAGAGCUGACCACGGUGCGUGUUCAGGACCCUCGGCUCCAGAACGAAGGCUCCUGGAAUUCCUAUGUGGAUUAUAAAAUCUUCCUCCAUACCAGCAGCAAGGCCUUUACUGCCAAGACCUCGUGCGUGCGCAGACGGUACCGCGAGUUCGUGUGGCUGAGGAAGCAGCUCCAGAAAAACGCUGGCUUAGUGCCUGUCCCAGAGCUGCCAGGGAAAUCCACCUUCUUUGCAGGCAGCACCGAUGAGUUCAUUGAGAAACGGAGACAGGGGCUCCAGCAGUUCCUGGAGAAGGUCGUGCAGAACGUGGUCCUCCUGUCAGACAGCCAGCUGCAUCUCUUCCUGCAGAGCCAGCUGUCGGUGCCCGAGAUCGAGGCGUGCGUGCAGGGCCAGAGCCCCCUGACCGUCACGGACGCCAUCCUCCGCUACGCCAUGUCGAACUGCGGCUGGGUGCAGGAAGAAGACGCCCGCCCUGCGCUCGUGGCGGGGGCAGAGCUCUACAGCAGCUGCGCUGGUCUCGGAAGCCCCCCUGUUCGGAGCUGUCUGAAACCCCCUUCGCGCUGGAGCGACUUCGGCAUGGAAGACAACCACUCGGAUAGCCUGGAUUCUCCUACGGAGCAGCCGGAGACGAAGGAAUUCAAAACUUGAAGCCAGCGGAAGACGCACAGUCACUGCUCAGAGACCUCGUUUAUUUGGAA